AUGAGCACCAACGCCUUCGAGCGUGUGAGCAGGGUGGCCUCUAGGCCCGAGGACGCGGAGUCGAUCGCGGUGAGCCUGGGGGCUACCGACCUCGACAUCGAGCUCGUUGACAACGAGGUCAGGCGGGCGCUGGCGGCUAUCCACGGCACCAAGAAUGAGACCUACGCCGGCAGGACCAACGACACCGCGGCGGGCGUCUCCUACCUCAAGAAGCAGCUCGAGAGGCUCAUGAAGGAGAAGGCGCAGUUCAAGGAGAAGAAGCUCGCCCUGCAGCAGCUGCAGCAGGAGCUGCCGAAGCGGGUGGCCAAGUACGCCGAGCGGCCGGAGACGGCCGCGCCAGCACCGGCAGCGCCUUCAGCAGCAGCAGCGGCGGCGGCGGCGGCGCCUGCAGCAGCGACCGGAGGUUUCCUGUCAAGCCUGAAGAACAUGAUCAUCUCCCCGGCACCUGCUGAGCCUUCGCCUGCUGCUGUCCCAACGCCCGAGGAAGACCGAAAGGCUGUCGCGGACACGACCCUUGUGUGGAAGGAAACGGUCACCAGCGGCACUUAUGAUGCCCCCAAGAAGACGGCGGCUCUCUACGCCGAGGAUGGCGUUCUUUGGGGAACGGUCUCGGAGGAGGUCCGCGACACACCGGAGCAGAUCUACGCCUACUUCGACUACUUCGCCCGGCUUCCCGAGCUGAGGGUGGUGGAGUACACCCCCGUUGCCGUGCGCGUGUACGGGGAUUUCGCCGUACAGGCCGGCACCUAUACCUUCGCCUUCCAAGGCCCGGACGGGGUUACCGUCGAGAAGAGGGCCCGCUUCAGCUUCACCUUCCGGAGAGACAACCCCGGUAGCCCGCGGCCCUGGACGAUCGUCGAGCACCACUCCUCCUCCAUGCCCACGGCGCCGGCGGGGCUCAAGCGGGUCGGACAAGAGGCUGUGCCCAAGAAAAUCGUCAAAGUCAUCACUCCUGACCAGAAAGCGGUUGCGGAGACCACGAUCGUAUGGAAGGACACGGUGACUCUCGGAACCGACGACGCUCCGAAGAAAACGGCGGCUCUCUACGCCCCGGACGCGGUUCUUUGGGGAACGGUCUCGGAGGAGGUCCGCGAAACGCCCGAGCAGAUCUACGACUACUUCGACUUCUUCGCGCGCCUGCCUAAGUUGAGACUGUUGGAGUACACCCCGGCCCCGGUGCGCGUGUACGGCCAGUUCGCCGUCCAGGCCGGCACCUACACCUUUGCCUGGGAGGAGGACGACGGGGAUACCGUGGAGAAGAGGGCCCGCUUCAGCUUCACCUUCCGGAGGGACAAGCCCGGCAGCCCGCAGCCGUGGACGAUCGUCGAGCACCACUCCUCCUCCAUGCCCGAUGCGCCCGCAGAGCUCAAGCACGUUGAACCCGAAGACGAUGGCAUCGAUUACGUUGCGCAGGCUGUUGCCGACUUGUCGGCGACAUCUUCCGUUUCGUCGUCUACUCUUCCUCCCUCUCCCCCACCCCGGAAAGGGCAGGCGAUGGCCGCCUUUGCGGAGGACGUCAAUCAUCACCCGGUUGACCUUACCGCCAACGUGGGGAGUUGCGGGUUGGGUUUAGUCCUCGGGAAGGAGGAGCAAGGAACCCGCUGGGUCGUCAACGGAUUCCGGUCCAUGCCAGAUGGAAAGCCCAACCCUGCCGAGGCGGCCGGCAUCGAGGUUGGGGACACCCUGCAGCAGGUGGGCGGGGUGCCCCUGGGCACGUACAAAGAAGGCAUCGAGCUGUUCAAGAAAUUGCGGGGCCCCGUGGUUCUCACGGUCUGCAGGCAGAACGAUGAGGUCUUGAUCUGAUAAAUCGAUCUUGGGGGUCUACUCAAGUAAUUAAAGAUGUGCGGAAAAUUCUGAUAUCUAACUCAAGGUCUAGAUCGUCUACUUUGGACGCUGUUUUCGUCCAAGUAUUCAUGUCGAUCUACCUCACUUAAAGAAAGGCGAAAGUUUCGUCUAUCUACCAAAAGGGUGUUUACCCAACCAAAAACCAGAAACACAAACGACGGUUUGCGGUCGGACGGGCGGACGGGCGGACGCAAGCAUUGUGAGCCACAAGUUAGACCGUUGGGUCAAGGGAAUCAAGCAUGUGGUUCGUUGGGUCUGUGGAUGAUGCAGUUUGUGCUCCAACCGUUCGUUUCGGCACGAUUCGAACCAUAGGAAGACAAGCAAAUCACCGAACACUUGAACGAAGUUUGUCCAUCUCCUCGACGAGAGGAUAGGACAAAUUUCAGCUGUCUACUCUAUCCUUGCCCCAGCGCUUGCCAGGAUGGCGGUUGGAAGGGGGGGUAGCGAAGGGUCCGUUGGGGGUGGGGGGGGGGGCGUCGAAUCGAACACGCAGGAAAAACAGGGGCGUGGGCCGUAGGAGGGGAGCAGAAAUAUGGCGAUUCGCGGAGGAAGACUGAAGACGCUUGGCGCAAGUAAGGCUACAAUGUAGCUUGGAGUGCACCGUGUGUGCUGGCAGGGGCGCGGUCGCGGGCGCGGCGUGGGCGGGGGACUAAAAAACGAAGUGCCGUCAAGCAGGUCUGAACAUUGUACAGUGUGCUGAGUAUGAGUCGCAUUUCCUUUCAUCGGUUGUCAUUCAAGUCAGGGCGCUCCUAUUGUUGAAACCCAAAACUCUUGUAGGGCCUCUCGUAGAAAAAGCGUCCAUUGAUAUUUAUUCAAGACAAAAGGCUACAGCAGCUGCAGGGGGAUCUUGAUGAUUCGUUGCGAGCGUUAAAGCUUGCAUCCGGAGCCACCUCGGGGGUGGCGAUACGUGAAACAAACGCGGACCUUUCUGAGAGAUCAAGGCACGCCGAACACACACGCGAUUUCUGUCGGAAGGUUCCUAUCCGUACCCGUGGGUUUGUUGCAGCGGAUAUGUUGAGUUUUUUGUGGGUUCGGUUUGAUUUCGGGAGACGGGGGUGGUAGCUGGAAAGAUCUCGGGUGAGCCUGCACUGGUUGGAAUCGAGGUGCUUCUAAGUGAUAGCCGUCCGCGAGAAACCUCACGCGUGCGUUGUUGGUGUAGUUUUCAUCGUAUCGCACGGCAGACUGCGCUUGAUUCGGUGCAGAUGGGAAGCAUUCUCCUGUCCAUUCCCUCGUACUUUGAGUUUCGGGCACUGGCGCUGUCGGUCUCCUGAGGGAACGGAGUAUAUUUUUGUUUUGUUGAUGCAAAGCGGGGGGUGGCCAAGGGACCCCGGAAGUUUGGUUUGACUCUUGCAACCGGCAUCCAUCCGGGUUCGAUGCGGGUCAAAACCCCUCGAUGAAAUAUUUUUUAUUUUUUAUUUCUUCGGGGUUUCGUGCACUAGACACUACUGGUACAUACAGCAGUAGAUAGACUUUUUUUUUUCGAUCAGCCUUGGCGAGGUGAAAACAACUGGUGUGCACGGGCUACACGGUUUAGUAGGAUCUAGCGAGUGGGUUAGAGGCUACUGGUAGUUGGGGGUACUUUGUGUGUCAUACUUUGACUUUGGUGUUUCGUUCGUGUGUUGUCUUGAGCGGCGAAGAUCUGGACGGUACUAAAUAGAUGACUUGCUUGUUGAUUCCGUUGUCGGCGUUGGUGGUACUGUAUUGCCAUUGCAACUACAACAAACGCCGAUGGGGGGGGUGGAUGGCGCGAAACCCGGGACAACGUAUGCAGUGCAAAAAAGUGCAACGUGGUACAUACUGCAAUGUACAGGAGAGAGAGCUGAUUCGACGA